UCCCGAGAGGAGGCCCGUGUGGUGUGGGGCGGGCCAGGCACGAGGAGAGGCCUUCCUCCCUUUGUGCUCCCCCCCCCGCCUCCCCCCAGCCUAUAAAUAGGCCCAGCCCAGGCUGUGGCUCAGCUCUCGGAGGGAGUUGAGCACCAGGCAGCAGUCUCCAGCCAAGACCCCUGUCAGCAUGGCCAGCGAGUUCAAAAAGAAGCUCUUCUGGAGGGCAGUGGUGGCUGAGUUCCUGGCCAUGACCCUCUUCGUCUUCAUCAGCAUUGGCUCUGCCCUGGGCUUCAACUACCCGGUGGGGAGCAACCAGACGGCGGUGCAGGACAAUGUGAAGGUGUCACUGGCUUUCGGGCUGAGCAUCGCCACGCUGGCCCAGAGCGUGGGCCACAUCAGUGGUGCCCACCUCAACCCGGCCGUAACACUGGGGCUGCUGCUUAGCUGCCAGAUCAGCAUUCUCCGGGCUGUCAUGUACAUCAUCGCCCAGUGCGUGGGGGCCAUUGUCGCCACCGCCAUCCUCUCGGGCAUCACCUCCUCCCUGCCCAUGAACUCGCUCGGCCGCAAUGACCUGGCCAGUGGUGUGAACGCAGGCCAGGGCCUGGGCAUUGAGAUCAUCGGCACCCUGCAGCUGGUGCUGUGUGUGCUGGCCACCACCGACCGGAGGCGCCGUGACCUUGGUGGCUCAGCCCCCCUUGCCAUUGGCCUUUCUGUAGCCCUGGGACACCUGCUGGCGAUUGACUACACUGGCUGUGGUAUUAACCCUGCUCGGUCCUUUGGCUCUGCGGUGAUCACCCACAAUUUCAGCAACCACUGGAUUUUCUGGGUUGGGCCAUUCAUCGGGGGUGCUCUGGCUGUGCUCAUCUACGACUUCAUCCUGGCCCCGCGCAGCAGCGACCUUACAGACCGUGUGAAGGUAUGGACCAGCGGCCAGGUGGAGGAGUACGACCUGGACUCUGACGACGUCAACUCCAGGGUGGAAAUGAAGCCCAAGUAGAAGGGGUCUAGCCAGGCAUCCACGCUGGGGGCGGGGAGGGAAGGGUGAAACCCAUACUGCAGAUACUCUGACCAGCUGGCCAAAGUCACUUCCCAUGAUCCGCCAGACCUGCGUAGUCAAGCCUCAUUUGGCAGCGUUUUUAUCUCUUUCUUUCUCUUUCUCUGUUUCCUGGCCUCAGAGCUUCCUGGGGAUGAAGAUUUACCAAUUCUCUCACUCCCUAGAAGUAACAGAGGAGGUGAAAGAGAGGGACCCACCUGCUAGUUUUUCCCUUAGAGUGUGAUGGGAGGUUGCCAGAAAGUCUCUCCUCAUCCCAAAGUUACUCACUGACUCACCUGCGUGGGUGCCUGGGUUCCACCAUUGUUUGUGCCUUUUGGCGUGGUCCUCCUUCUCCGGAUAGGUGCCUUGUCCUCAUGGUGCUCUGAGAGGCAGGGGGUCUCAGAAGGUGCAGGGGCAGCAGUGAGCCACAGACAAGCCCUGGCCCUUUGGGUCUGUCUGCGCCCAGGGCCCUCCCAUUGGAUGUGCUGUGUGGAAUCAUCCCUAUCUCAGUGAUCUGGGAAGUGGCAGGCCAGACAGAGCUCUAUGCCCCAAGGCCCCUCUAGGACUCUGCAAGUGUAGAUACAGCCUGGCUCUAGAAGAUGUAGUCAAGACUGGUGCUGCUUUUCCCACCUGCCCUGAGUUCUUUCCCCAAGGACACAGCUGCAGCCACAGCCCUUGGUGUAUGUGUGUGCACGUGCAGGCAGGCUGCAUAGCAGAGAUCUCCUCUAUGGAGAGGCGCCUCUAGGCGGCUUGUUCUUGUAGAAUGCAGGCCAUUUUGGCGGGGAAAGAAUGCUUCCGUAACUUCAUUGAGUUUUUAGUGAGGCUUUUUCCACCUACGAAUGCAUCAUAUUGAUCAUUACUUCAGGUUUUCCACUUCCUCUUGCCAAUGUAUAGACACAGGUCAUCAUUAUGCUGGUGAGUGUUUAUCAUAGAGCACUUGGGUUAUCUGAAGGCCACAGUCUGAGUAUAGAUUGACCCUGGUGCAGAUCAGCCCAAGCAGGCAGAUGCCCUCACUGGGCCCCUGGCUGACCCUGAGCAGGGAGAAGCAUGUCCUGCCGUUCUUCUGGAGCUCCUGUGUUGAGGCCCCGGGGCACAGACUUGCCAUGCAGGCCAGCCACAGCCUUCCCUCCUCACUGACCUGGAGGGGAGAAGCCAUGCCUUGGCCUGAUGAAGUAGCUGCUGGGGAAGCCCAAGGACAGUUCAGAGCACAGAGUCUACUUGGAAGCUGGAUUCUUGCACUCAGCUGUCUACAUAAGUCCAUUCAAUUCCAAGGGCCAGAGCAGCUCUGCUCCUGUGCCCUUAGCAAUGAUGGCAGCAGAAACCAAGAGACAAGAUGGCACAGGUAUUUAGAAGCAGUGGGACAACCAGAAAGCCCUUAACUGUCACCAACACAUCACAUCUGCGCAUUCUCUUCUCCAUUCCCUAGCAGGGACUUCUAGCCCAUUUAAUGGAUAAGGAAACUGAAGUCCAAGGUCCCACAGCUAGAGAAUGAUUUGGCCAAGUCUAGCACUAAUGCUAAUCUCUGGACCGUGAGGUUGCCCCUCUCACUGCCAGCUUUGCUGCUGCCUGGGUGGUGGCCAGGGGCCAGGAGGGGUGAGGGUGGUAAUGGAGGGGAGGGGGAAGCCCAACCCUGCCUGGUUCUGGCUGCUGUGUACCAGGACCCUACACCUGUCUGCUCUGCGUGUAUGUCUCUUUGGAAUUGGAGUUCUGUUAUAUAUUAAGAAAAUAAAGGAAAAUGACUUAUAAGGUC